AUGGAUUCAAAGAUUUCUUUGCUCGAUGAAGAUUUGUACGAUCUCAGCAACGAGCGCGUAACGAUCAACAUUGGAGGAUUUCGACACAAUACUUUUCUUGCUACUUUACGAGCAAUACCCGAUACGCGSCUAUCUUGGAUGGCUGAAAAUCAUCCCAAUUGUCCGGAAUAUGAUCAGGUGCUUGGGGAAUACUUCUUUGAUCGCCAUCCCAGGAUUUUCACCGAAGUCUUGAAUUACUAUCGGACAGGAAAGCUCCAUUGUCCCGCAGAUGUCUGCUCUAAAUUAUUUCAAGACGAGUUGUCUUACUGGGGUAUCAGCGAUAGAGACAUGGAGCCAUGUUGCUGGGUGCACUACAAGCGGCAAAUCACAACCGAGGAGACAUUGAAGUCUUUUCAUCUCGAAAACGCGAGGAAAAUUGACAAUCGUGAGAAGCGCAGUAAUCGWACUCUGGCAGGAUUGUUUGGKUCCGAUGCRCAGCUUCGRCAAGGUCUCAAASAGAGAUGGCWGCAACUUCAGCCUAAAAUAUGGUCUUUUCUGGAUGACCCACACUCAUCGAAAGCRUCUUGGGUGUUUGUCCUGGUGUGUUGCUUAUUCAUCAUGGUUUCAGUGACACAGUUCUGCCUGGCCACAGUACCAUCCAUUCGACAAGACCAAUCAGCCGUCGAAAUUCUUCGACUACUUGACACCAUUACCUCUAUCUGGUUCACCAUCGAGUUUAUCCUGAGGCUUCUGUUUUGUCCAAAGUUUACAACGUUCAUCAAAAACCCAAUGAAYUGGGUAGACUUCAUGGCGAUUCUACCRUUUUACUUUAGGAUGGUGCACCURGAAGAGAAAAUCUCAUGGCUCRUCCUAAUGCGAACUUUACGGAUCUUUAAAAUCUUUACUCUGUCCUUCUCAUUCCAAAUUCUGUUUCGCUCUCUCAUUUCCAGCAAGAAUGAACUUUUCCUGGUCUUUGUGAGUCUGCUGGUACCCAUCAUCCUCUUCUCCAGCAUGAUAUAUUUUGCUGAAAAGGACYACAAYACCAAAMAUUUUCAAAGUAUCCCRGAWUCCUUCUGGUGGGCUAUAAUAACAGUGACAACUGUGGGAUACGGUGACGUAUGUCCUAUUACCAAAUUAGGUAAAGUCAUUGGAGCCCUUUGUGCCAUAUGUGGAGUCGUUAUAGUAGCACUUCCGGUUUCWGUAAUCGGAAGUAACUUUUCAUACUAUUAUGUYCAGGCACGYACRCGYGUUCAGCAGCCAAAACGWAGCAAUAAUGAUACKGGRAUUACCAGAGUACCAGCACAUAUUAUGCAUCGUCAUUUCAUGAGCAGGAGAAGUACAUCUCUGUCUGUAAACGGAAGUAUUCACGGUAGAACAAGUGUUGGCCGAAACAGGAAGUUCAAYAGUGCUCAACCAGUCAGGAAACGAGCGCGGCGACGACCACAUAUUCCYGAAAACUCAGUUAUAGAGACAUUAGAACAGGAGUCCGAGAUCUAGAUCUUUCAUCUCAAGACGGCACAUAAUACUCUAUUUCGAAUUCAAAGUUCAUAGUUAACCACUGUUAUAUAACUCUCUUGAGCAAAUAAUAUAUACAACCAAAUUACCAAACGCAAGAGUAAGAAACGAAAACGAUGUCGUUAUUACAAUAGCUUUGAAGAUUUGAAAUUUGUUUUCCAAAUUAAGACUAACCCUAGGCCUGUAUUCCCAAAAUACCUAAAAGGUUUUAUCUUUCUGGGCAUGAAGUGCUAGCUUUUUACAGAGGAAAUUAAAGUGGAAAUUGUUUAGUUAAGUCCACCGCCAAUCACUACUGUUUCUCAUGCUUUCUUUUGUGUUUGGUAAAUUAUCGGAUCUGAAAUUCGAAAAUGGAGGAACGAAAAAGCAUUUUCGGGUACAACAGUGUUAUUUUGAAAACAACACUGACAUAGAGCAUGGGAAUAGUUUCCUUCACGGUUACCUGCGCCAUCUUGAAAAACAAUUCCCAUGCGGUUAUCCAUUGUYUGUACUCUUAUUGACAAUGAAAUUUACGUCAAAAAUGCUCAAAACUUUGCAGUGAAACCACUUGAGUUUUGAGCAUUUUUGACGUCAAAUUCAUUGUGAAUAAGAGGAAGCUUUUCCUUUACAUACGAUGUAUUUUUAUUUUCAAACAUGAGGAAAAGCUUGAAAGGGAUGCUGGUGGACCAUGUCCCUUUAAAUGUUUGGGAAAACUUGAUUUAUAAUGUCAGACUACCCAAAAUGCUCUUUGAGCCAGACAAAGUUUUUUUUAAUCAAGUGUACAUAUGUAACCCGACCGCUGAUUGUUUAUUUCCUGUUUCAGUGAAAUAAUUGUACCUAUAACGUACACUUUGGCUCGAAUACACUGCUCUUGCAAUGCCGCAACAAUUAUCAACCUAUAUUGUAUAUAAUAUAUGUAAAUAUAAAAUAAAUACAUUAAAUUGUAUAUAACACACGAUCUGAUUGGUUCAGACUUUCAUGUUUCACUGGCGAAUUUUGCAUUGCAUCAAAACUUACAUAGCAGGCAUUGCACACUGACAGUGCGAAUA